UUUUUGUGGAAUAAAUAGAGAGGAAGGAGUAUUUAAAAUGAAUCAAAAAAUUUCUUUUAAAAAAACUGACCAAACAGAAAAUAUAGGUACAAGUUUAUUGUCCUCCUAUGUAUAUUCAACAAACAACAAACACAAUUUUCUAUUGUACUCUUCCAAAAAAAAAACAAUUACUCUAUUAAUUCCUUUAUUGUUUUCUCAACUAAAAAAACAAGAGACAACAAUAAUCAUCUCCACAAAGUUGAAAAAUAAAUGUAAACACAAAGUUUUUCCCUCAAAAUAAUUGUUCUAUAUAUUUGUUGCUUUGAUGUUUUUAUGAACAAAAAACAGGAAAAAACAAUAGAAAAUAAAGGUAAAUUAGGUCAUUUAUUGUUUAAUAUAAGCGUGUCUUCGUAAAAAAAAGAAACAAAAGAAAAUAACAAGAAAAGAUGCGAAUGCUUGAGGGAAAUUCGGGAAAAAUUGUUGGGCAACAAAAAUGAGUAAAAUAAAGAGGUUGGAAAUGAAUGGAUGAGUGAAUAUUUUUGGAGUGAAACCUAAAAAUAAAAUAAAUUAUUAUUUUAAGGAAGA